AUGGUUGUGGGAAGAACAGCGGCAUUUGCUAAAAGAAGGCAAUCUUUAGCUCACUUACAUAGCUAUCAUACCAAGACAACCAAUUCAUCUUUAGUGAAACGUACCUCGGACAAUGAGGAAAUUGACAAAAAAGCAAGUAUGAAAAAAAGUAGUAAAAGAAGAAAAUCAGUUUUAUUGAAAAAAAAGUUAUCAACAACAUCGAGGUAUAAUACACCACCAAAUUCUGCUGGAUUUAGGAGUACCAGAAGAGCCUCAAGAGCAACUUUACAUGAUACCAGGAAUUCUUUUGAUUUUGCAACAGCAGUACUUCAGGCUGCCCGGCGUGCCUCAGAAGCCUGUUCCCAUAAACGGGAAUCUAGUACAAUUGAGGGAAAUAGUUUACAAAACGACAACGACUAUUCAUCUAACAAUUUUUAUAAAACAAAUAAUAAUUUUUUUUGUGAUAAAACAUUGGAAAAAUCUUCAGAUUCCCUGAAAUCAGUUAAUUCUUUCUUAAAAUCUGAUACAACAACAUAUGUUCCUCCCUGGAGAAGACGGCAUAGAAUAUCUCUACCAAAAAAAAAAAUUAUCAAUCCAUUUUCAUAA